CGGCCGAACCCAAUAUACGAUCCUAAUCCGUUUUUACCAAUCCAAGAUCUAUAUUUGAAUCCAUAUUUGUGUUUAAGUGUGCCAAUAAUGUAUCCACAGAUUGAAAUUACAAUCUGUGGUUGCAAGCCAUCCAUUGGAGGUUCGCUCUAUGAUUUUGGAUAGCCCUCCGUUUGAAAAUGACAGUUCGAGUGUAUUCAUAACCGAUCUCACAGUUUUGACGUUUCUUUAGAUCGGUUUUUUGAUCCAAAUCUGCAAUCUUAAGAAUUUCUCGGUUUUGCUGUUUAAAAUAUGGAUUUGUCUAUACUCUCAAGCAGUGAUAGUAGUGAUUUUGAGGAUCUCAUACUGAUUUCGAGUGAUGAAGAAGAUGCCCCGAGACGCUGUUCACGUAGGAUGAGAAGAAUUAACUAUAUGCAGAGUCUCGAUGAAACUGACUUUACUUUUAGGUUUAGGUUAUCUAAACCUGCAGUGGAAUUAUUGUUAAAUGAAAUAAUGCCUUUCAUACGUGUUACCUCUUCAAGAAACUAUGGAGUCUCACCGCUUCAUCAAUUAUUAUUGUCUUUGCGUUUUUAUGCGUUAGGGACAAUGCUAAUAUCUGUAGCCGAUUUUGUUGGAGUGUCAAAAUCCACUGCAAGUAGAAUAGUGAGGGACAUAUCAUCAGCAAUUGCCAGAUUGUAUGAUAAAUACAUUUUUGUCCACCAAAAUGGUGCUGAGAAAUUUUACACGAUAGCUGGAUUUCCUCGUGUUUUAGGUGCAAUAGAUUGCACCCAUAUUCGCAUACAAUCACCAUGUCACUUAAUAGGCGAAGAGUUUAGAAAUAGAAAAGGUUACUUUUCUAUCAAUGUUCAAGGAGUCUGUGAUGCAGAUUUGAGGUUAAUGAAUGUUGUGGCUCGGUGGCCGGGGUCUGCACAUGAUGCCACCAUUUUCAAUAACUCAAUCCUAAGAGCUCAGUGUGAUGCUGGUGAAUUUGGGAACCGAUGGAUGCUUGGAGACAGUGCCUAUCCAAACAGACCUUAUCUAUUGACACCCAUUCUAAAUCCGUCUACAGCUGCUGACAAUAGAUACAAUGAAGCUCAUAUUAAAACUAGAAAUACUGUUGAACGCACAUUUGGAGUUUGGAAACGUCGUUUCCCUGUUAUUGCCUUAACUCUGCGCUUGUCCCUGCCAAACAUUCAUGCACUGAUAAUAGCUACAGCAGUCUUACACAACAUUUGUAGAAAUUUCAACCUGCAAGAAGUUCCCUCAGAAGUUGAGGUACCCGCACUGCCAGCUGAAGAUUAUAUUGAAGAAAGGUGGCAAGAAGAGUUAGACAUUACCCAAAGAAGAGACCUCAUAAAUAACUAUUUUAGUUAGGUUAAAUAAAACAUUUUAUCAUA